CCAACUUCAACCCUAAAAUAUUGAAUUGCAUCUGCAUUCAAAGUUUUGUAGUGAUGGAACAACUGCUGUUUAUUUCUCAGGAAGCAUUGGCAGACAAACUACAAGAAACUGCAAGUCUAAAGGCAGAUGCAGAGGAAAAGGCUAGAUUGGUAUCCAGCCAUUCAAAGGCAUGCAUCAGUGCUAUCCAGACCGAAGCUAUUCAGCUUAAAGCCUCUCUUGAAGAAGGUCGAGUCUCCAUACUAAAACUGGCCAACUCAUUUAAAGCUUCAAAGGAUCCUAAAUUGUCGCAGCUAUCCAGUUCAUUGGCAUUGAUUAAGCGGCUUGAAGCUGCAGAAGCCGAGCUGCAGUCCCUUUGCAAGAUUCAUGAGAGUGAAGAGUUUAUUCAUAACUGCAUAAACAGGAAUGAUCUAGCAUCUGCCAUUGACCACUACUGCAGCCAUUUUGGUCUUCCUGAAUCUACAAUCAAACCGUCAAGUGUAGAUCUCGACGCACCCUUUGUAAAUGCGCACUUUAUGUCUGCCUCUGACUAUUGGAGAUCGUCUAUUCACAAGUGUCAUGCACUUAUUCACAAGAAGUUGUCCAUCACUGCUGCCCCUUUUCUGCUGGAAAUAUCAUGGCCAAAACCAAUAGAUGAACACUCGUCAAAGUCUGUCAUGUCGGACCUAAUCACUUUGCUCGGGCUUUCUGCUAAACUCCAACAUCCCCGAUCCAUACUGGACUCAUCGUCACUGCCAACCACACCUUUUGCUUAUAUGAUUGAGCCAGUUGAAUUGCUUCUUUCUCCAAUUCGAAAGCAUUUUAAAUUCCACUUUCACGGCAACCUUCCAACCAAUUCUUUGGAAAGACCAGAUUUGUAUUUUAAAUACAUUUUAAAGAUUAUGAAAGAUCAGCAGAGCUUUUUUGAAGAAAGCAUACAACUUUUGCUUGAUAAUGAUGAUGGCAAUUCUAUCAAUACUACUACAGUUUUUUUUCAAGGACUAGUAGAUCUGAUUACUCGGAAAGUCUGUCAAGACCUUCAUAUGCUACUUGAUCAGCCAAGUUUAUUCCUACACACUAUUGAACAGGUGUUUUUAUUUGAAGAGCAGGUUCAAGAACUACUUUCAUUUUCUGUAGGAGCUACUGCUUUUGAAAAGGGGUGCUCGCUUGUCAUUUUAGGAAACGACACUGUGUUUAGUGUAUGGGUAGAUUUAGAAAAACAAGCUGCUGAUACUCGGUUUCAAAAGAUUUUAUCACGCUCUGACAAAUGGGACUUGACAUUGUCUAAAAUGUAUGAUAUCGAUGAUGAUCAUAUGACGGUUUUGGCUGAUCAGACCAAAAGCCUGCUCUUGGUAAUCUCAGAAAGGAUGAGCCAUUUACAGCUUGAACAUCAAAGAUUAGUGUUUUUAAAAAGCAUACAAAUUCCUAUUUUGUUAAAGUAUCUGGAUUUGAUGAAGCAGGAACAUUGGCAUCAUCAGUCUACGUUUAUUCCAGUGAAUGAUGCAAGAUAUACGCUGCAAUUUCGAGGUGAUCGCAUUUCUCAUCUAGCCCGUUGUUUGGGCUCUCUCCACUCAAUUAGUGUAUUUUUGAGCACAUACAAAACCGAACAGGUUGAGAAAAUGAGUGUGCUGAUUCAGGAAAUAUCUAAAACCGCCAUUGAUGACAUUAUGCUGGAUAUUUGCGAAUCACUUUGGGAAUACGAAAAAAGGGUAAAUUGGCUUGACAAUAUCAAUGACAGCAGUGCGUCUGAACCUGUAGCUAUAUCUACCACAUUGCAAGAGCCUCUUCAAAUUAUGCGUCACUAUUUUGGUUGUGUUGAGAAAAGUAUAUCACCCACACUAUUUCGAUCGUUGUUUUUGAGACCAGUCACCAAGCUUCUUGAUCUCCGUCUUUGGGAAAAAGUAAUCAUGAGAAGUCAGUUUAGUUUUUAUGGAGGAUGUCAAAUUUUAUUGGAUAUGCGUCUUGGAUUUAUGAAUGCUUUGCAGCCGUUUCACCCAACUCCAGCCGCGUUGUUGCCAAGGAUACUGGAGGCUUCAACAAUUCUUGCUUUACCAUGCAAAGCUAAAGAUACGGACAGUUUUGAUAUUUACGAAUUCAUGCUGGCAUCCAUUGAGAAUAGUCAUGAUUUUCCACCAAUGCUGGAACGUUUGGACAUUUUUCAUCUCAGUAUAAAAGAUAUCCAAGAAGUUAUUGGAAGACGAAUAGAAACUUUUGGAGAUUUUUGAUACCAUGCAAAUCUGGUAGGCCCAAACAUGUAUACACGAAUAAAUAUUAAUUGACUGUUGCUC